GUUCUGAUGUCCGACAGUACUUGAAGGCCACAUCACCAUAGUGGGCUAGUCGGUGUCAGUAGCCACAUCACCAGCAACCAGCCACCACCAGCGGCUGCAGUAGGUACAACACUGAGACGAAGACAGGGAAAUUGCAGCAACACAGAGGGCGGUUGGCAGCGGACAUUUCCUUCACAUAGAGGUCACGCAGAGGACCCUCACAAAGGCCAGUCACUGCAAACCCACACAGACAGAGCCAUGGUAGAAUACUAUCAGAUAUUAGGAGUUCAGAAAAAUGCAACGCCAGAGGACAUCAAAAAAGCCUACAGAAAAUUGGCACUGAAAUGGCAUCCAGACAAGAACCCAGACAACAAGGAAGAAGCAGAGAGAAGGUUCAAAGAGCUGUCAGAGGCAUAUGAAGUGCUCUCCGAUGAAAACAAGAGGAGUAUUUAUGACCGAUACGGCAAAGAAGGCCUUUCAGGAGGAGGAGGAGGAGGAGGAGGCCAUUUUGAUCACUUUGGCGGCGGCGGCUUCACAUUCCGUAAUCCUGAGGACGUUUUCAGGGAAUUCUUUGGUGGCAGAGAUCCAUUUGGAGAUUUUUUUGCUGAUGACCCCUUUGACGAUUUCUUCGGAGGCGGCCGCAGUCGCCAGAGGGGCGCAAGCCAAGGCAGGAUGGGAGGAUCGCUCUUUGGUUUUGGUGGCUUCCCAGGGUUUGGAUUCUCAGGGUUUGAUUCAGGUUUUACCUCAUUUGGAGACAUGGGUGGAGGAGGAAUCACUUCCUUCUCUUCUUCAUCUUUUGGCGGUGGGGGAGGAGGAAUGGGUAACUUCAGAUCUGUGUCGACCUCCACCAAGUUCAUCAAUGGCAGAAAAAUUACUACAAAACGGAUCGUGGAGAAUGGCCAGGAGCGGGUGGAAGUGGAGGAGGAUGGUCAGUUAAAAUCCCUAACAGUUAAUGACGUUGCAACCGAAGACCCCUUAGAGGAAGAGUUUCGUCGCCGCAGACAAAACACACUUCCUGUCCUUGGCUUACACCAACGCUACCUGAGGAACUCCGCCCAAAACCCCUCAGAGGAAGAGGAGGAGCACAGCCUACAGAACAUGGGACUAACAAGAGGACACACAGACACCAAGAGGAAGAAACUGUGGCUGAAGGAGGCAGAGUCCAAAAAGAAAAGGGGUCCUCGACUCUUCCCUCGGUUUGGUGGACUUGGUGCCUUUUUUUAAACACCCUCAGCCAAACAUUUAGACACACACAUAUGCAGUAUUUGUUGGCAGAAGUGCCACCAGUCAUACGAGGCAUUAGUACGUUGUUGCUAAUAUGUAUCAGAGGCCCAGCAUCCUGACUGCUGCACCAUAUCUCCCUUUGUCUACCAGCAUCACUCCUGCCUGCUUUCAUCAGCCUGCAGAGACCUGCCUUCAGCGUUUUGUUUUGUCCUGCAUUGUCCUGCAUUGUCCUGUAUAUUUACUUCUUUUUUUUUUUUUUUGCUACAUUGCUGUAUUUAUUGUGGUGGGUCCUGUGGAUGUACACUGAGCAUUCAAAACCUUAAUCAAUCUCCUGUGAAGUGUGUCUGAAACAGUUUGGGUGGAAGUAGAAUUACUGUAGCAGCCUUGUUUGUGAUAGGGCUGAAAAUAUUUGCAGUAAUAUUGUAUAGCAUGUGAGAAUAUGUGAAGGUCGAGCUAUUCAGUGAAUUCUUUUUUUUUCAGUAGAGACAUGGAGAGAAAGGUCUGUGAAGGUAGAGUAAGAGUAAAGCAGAAUGAAAGCAUUAAAGAGUGAGUUUUAUGAUGGAAAAGAAGUAAACAUGUUGUCUUCACUCCUCCAUCACACAUGGAAAGUGACUAUCAACACUCUGGCAAUAACACUCUCCAUUCAUUUACUGCUACCCCCACAGGGUCAAUAACAGUUAUUAUCCCCCUUCAAAUUCAUUAUUUUCUUUUUUUUGUGGGAUUCUUUGUACUGAGUGGAUUCAGCAACAAAUUAACCUUUCAUAGGUGUUUUUGUAAAGGAUUUCUUAAACUAAAAUGUGGUCUCGUUUAUGUGAUUUGUCCUUGACACGAGGUGGAAGUGUGGAAAUGUUAAAGAUAUUUUUUAUGGACUCCUCUCAGAUUCUUGAAGAAAAACAUUUUCUCGUGGGUAGUCAACUUUUUCUUGUUUUGUAUAUCAAGGUUCAAUUCAAUUAUAGUUACAUGACACAGGAUUGUAUAAUGUACGAUUAGAGCCCUCCCGUUCCGUUCUCAUCGCAUGCACAGGGACAAAAUGAUUUUGCUGUAAAUUGUUCUGUGGAGCCUCUGGGCAUCCAUAACUGACACUCAACAUAUUUUUAGGUAAGUAAAACAAACAUUUAAAAUAAAAACUGGUUCAAACUCUCCUGAUUCUUUUUUCCAAAACUUUUUUUUCUAAA